AUGCCUCCGAGCUGCUCCCACCUGCCCUUCCUGGCCCUCCUCAUCGCCCCAAGUGCGCUCGGGUGUGGGCGUGUGUGUUGCAAGGGGCCGCCAUCGCUGCCUGUAUAUGAUUCGCACCUGACGAGCAUGAUCAUGUUCAAGAACCUGCAGAGGUACAAUUGCGGCCCCGGCCACUUCCUCCCGGUCCUGGUCAAGGACUCCUGCGACUGCGACGUGAAGGAGGAGGGAGCAGGAUAUGUCAUCCAGUCCAUGAGAUGGGGGCUAGUUCCGUCGUACACGAGAGCAUCGUCGGCCUGGGAGGCCAUGAGGGCAGGUUAUGCCAUGAUCAACGCGAGGUCUGAUAACCUUGUGCGCGUGCACAAGCGGCUGCUCAACAAGAGGCGCUGUGUUGUGGUGCGCUGCCAGCCCUCCGUGUCACCUGCUUUGAUGGGGAUCAUGAGUCAGGUCAUUGACGGCUUCUACGAAUGGUUGGCUCCUGGACUUCGUUCGCCGCUGGAUCAAGACAAGUCGGCGAAGUCGCAGAAGAGACCGUUCUUCAUACAGAGAGCCGACGGGAAGCCAUUGUGUCUUGCGGGGUUGUACGACGUCUGGGAGGGAGAGAAGUCUUGGCUGCAUGACAGAAUGCCGGCGAUCUUAGAGGGCGACCAGAUCGAAGCUUGGCUAGACGCUGAGGCGAACACGUUCGAGAGCAAAGAGCUCAAGUACUACGAGGUCGCGGACAUUGUGAACAAUGUGAAGAACAAUGUCCCCGAGUGCUUGUUGCCCCUCUCGUCGUUCAAAGAGAAACAGAGGGCGAGUGGGAUAGCAUCAUACUUCAAAAGUCCGGUCAAAGGAGAAGGCACAUGCAAGGUAGAAGUGAAGGAGGAGACGAAGAAGAGGCCAUGGCAGAAUGUCGGCAAGGAGGAGGGGGAUGAAGAUAAACCGCUGGACAUUAUCAAGAGGGAGAUCGCGAACGAGUCGAGGGAGACUCUGAAGGCCAAGACAGAAGGAGGUAGGAAGCGUGCAAGGCGGCGAGCAUCGGGUUUCCACGAGCCCGAUUGCCUCUCCGAUGCAGAAGCGGACGAGGCGAGCGGACGAUGA